GUCCUUCACGCUGAGGAUCCAGACAGUGGUGGGCUUAAGUAACGUAGAUAAUCUGCCUACAAGUGUCUGCUCAGCAGUGAGUGAAGGUAGUGUUCAUGGAUUUGUGGUCAAUGAGGAUAUAGUGGUACAAUAAUACACAGCCACAUCCCAGUCCAAGCCCAUGUGGCAUCUCUGUUGAAUGCAGUAGAUGUUUACAGCUGCGCCUUGCAAGAGCCUCUACAGAAAAGAACUUGGGUGGAAAUGUCUUUGCCAACCUUCGUCAGCCUGUCAACAGCCACCUAGCAACUGUAUUGCCAAGGGCUCUACCAACAACCCUCUAUUGUACAGAUACCUGCAAUGCUAGGUGCACGGGCUUUAGUCAUGGCAAAAAAAUGCUGCUGCUUGUAUUAGCUGGUUGUUCAGAUACUAGUUUGUUAAACGGAAGAGCUGCAGGAGGCACAAUGGUAAUUGUAUUCUGACACCUGAUAACAUCACAAAAGAUACGGAAGAUGGUGAGAAUGGGGCCUUUCUUGAGAAUGGGGCCUUUUUUUGCAUAAUUUCAACUUAAUUGUGGAACUUUCUAUCAAAGGAUAGUUUUUGAUUCCUGGGUCGUGACAGAUUCUUACCUGUUUGUGUUCAAUGGGACGACAAAUUCACUUUGUGGUUGACCCUCAGGGUUGGUGCUGCAUGGGUCUGAUUAUCUUUGUCUGGCUGUACAAUACAAUCAUCAUUCCAAAAGUCAUCCUUUUUCCUCACUAUGAAGAGGGACAUAUUUCAGUUCUUGCAAUUUUGUGUUAUUACUUCUGCUCGUUGUUUUGUAUAGCUUCAUUACUAAAAGCCUCAGUAGCUGAUCCAGGAAAGCUACCUGAAAACCCAAAGAUACCGAUUACAGAACGAGAAUAUUGGGAAUUAUGUAACAAAUGCAACAUGAUGAGACCAAAGCGUUCACACCAUUGCAGUCGUUGUGGACAUUGUGUGAGGAGGAUGGAUCACCACUGUCCAUGGAUUAAUAAUUGUGUUGGUGAAGACAAUCAUUGGCUGUUUUUACAGCUGUGUUUCUACACUCAGAUCCUUAGUUCAUAUACGCUCAUACUUGAUUUCUGCCAUUACUACUACUUUUUGCCUCUGAAAAAAGAAAAUUGGGAAGGGAGGAAGGGAAGAAGAAGAGAAGGAGGGGAAGAAGGAAUGAAGGGAAAAAGGAAGGAGAAAAGGAAGGAAGGAGAGAAGGAAGGAGAGAAGGAAGAAAGAAAGAAAGAUGUUUUUGUAUUUAGACACGAACUUGCUCUCCUAAGAAUAUCUGCCUUCAUGGGUAUAAUAAUGUUAGGUGGAAUAAGUGGACUCUUUUACACUCAGCUUAUGGGUAUUUUCACUGACACUACAAGUAUAGAAAAAAUGUCAAAUUGUUGUGAAGACAUAUCGAGGCCCCGAAAGCCAUGGCAGCAGACCUUCUCAGAAGUUUUUGGCACUCACUGGAAGAUCCUGUGGUUUAUUCCUUUCAGGCAGAGGCAACCACUGCGAGUUCCCUACCACUUUGCCAAUCACGUCUAAACAGAUGGAUGGUGGGCACAGAUGGGUCCUCCAUGCUGGAAGUGCAUUACAGGUUUUAUGAUAAUAGGACUAUGACAGUCUUCAAGUCAAUUAAAAUCCACCCACCAAUCAUAGGCACAACAAUGUGCCUCAGUCUUUAUUUUAAUAGUGGUCUUGAUUCUGUUCUGAGAUUAAUACAAGUUGUAUGUUUCACCGUAGGCAUAUUUACUUCCAAAUUAGCUUUCCAAGGGGAUUUCUUUUGUAUUUGAAGUGAAUACCAAAACCAAAUGACUGGAAUGCAGUCUUACUUUAUUUGUUUCGUACUGGCUCUUUUUUUAUUUCGGUAGAAAACACUGAAAUUUACAUUGAUUGCUAGCUUUCCCACCAAGUGUCUUAUUCUGCCUUGAAUUUUUCUUAGUGUUUUUAUCUGUAGGUCUGUCUGGAUAAUAUUUAUGUCUUUUUUCUGCUACAUGUAUUUAAAGUUCACUGGCACUGCCAUUUAUUUUUGAUAUGCAAUAGUAAUCCUGUGGCACUGCACUAUAAAAGGUAACAUUUAAAAACUGAGGCAGACUGCUUCCUAAACCUCUCUCAGAGAGGUUUAUAAAAAUACAUGUCAAUGUAUGUGUUUAUAUAGAGAAAUCAAACAUGUUACAGUUAUCUUUCUACAUAGAUACAAUCUUAGUGAGAAAUAUUCCUGUCUUUAUGUCAACAAAGGCGGUGAUAUGUUUCAGGGUAAAGUAUGCUGAUAGAAAGCAUGUUUUCCAUAUAUCACAAGGAUUUCUUUGCAAUAAUUCAAUAAAAAGUUGUAUGGUGCAAAUACUCAAAUGAUUACUUUUCUAAAAAUGUGGAUUUAACUAGUUAACAUGAUGUACCAUAAAAAAGAGUAUAUUGUCAAUAAAGUUAUAAAUUUUAUAUUUA